AUGGAGUCGAGAAACAGAUACCAGUCGCGCAUCCUUAGGGAGAUGCAUCAGAAUAGAGAGAAUCCCUUCAACUCGCCCCCCUCCUCUACCGGUUCCCACGGCACCGUCACCGUCACCUCCGACCUGUCCGUCGGCCCCCAGGGCGAGUCGACGCGACGCUACGACGACUCCAUCAUGCUGCCCGGCUUCUCGAACAAGCAGGCCACAGCCAGAGGCACCCACCCCCAGUCCUCGCCGAACAAGGUCAACACCUCCGCCAUUGGCCGCGACUUCCCCGAGUGGAAGGGUUGGAACACCAACGAGCACACCGACGAUAUCUACAACGUCACGGGCGACUACGAGAACCAGGCCAAGGAGAACAUCCCGCCCUCGUCUUCCACCGUGAACUCGCCCAGCCAGAUUGACGUGAGAAAGGCGGCCCAGGGCACCUUUGGCACGCGCGCACAUAUGCAGGCGCGCGUCGACGACUACUCCGACCACUCGGACCACUCAGGCAGCAUCCUGGGCAGAAGGCAGCCGGGUAGCGCCAGCAGAAAACACGCUGGCUGGAAGCCUCAGCGCGGAAACGUCACUUCACUUAUCCAGACUCUCAAGGCUGCUCAGGCCGCCAAGGAAUCCACGCCCAAGCGGUCGUCGCCGAAACACGACGACAGAACACCCAGCGCCAACCGACAGCCCCACGUCAGCAACAUCCACAUCAGCCCAACCACACCUAACCAGACGGCGCGGUCCUUCUUCCUUCCGAACCUCGAGCACGUCAACGACCUGGUAUCCGGUGUCCUCAGAUUGUCAUCGCUCAAGAAUGGCAUCCCUGUCUUCGUCAAGCAUGGCAAGGUACACGACCGCGAGGCUCACAACUUACCCGACGAUCACGCCGCGCUUGAUGCCAUCGACAUUCCGAAAGAUGAGCAACAGAUCUUCGUCUCGCUGGAUAAGAUCCGCGAGGAGAUCCAGGCCCUGCAAGCACACGAUGACCAGGUAACGAGGCAGGCCGAACAGCUCCAGGAGGAGGUCUAUGAGCUUCAGUCCCACAUGGCCAAGUCUCGGUCCCGCAAAGACAGUGCUAUGGGAUCCGACUCGGAGAGCUCCAUGGUCGACUACCUCAAUGGCCAGAAGUCACAAUUGGAAGAGAAGGUGGCAACACUCCAAGCCAAGCUUGACAAAGCCAACCGGAAGAUCAGCAUCAACGAAAUCCAUACUGAGUCCUACGUUACCGAACGCGAUGAGGCACUGAGGAGUACGACUGUCUAUCUCGAGCGGAUUAGCAAUCUGCAGGCAGAGCUGGACUCGACUCGUCACGAACUGAAAGCGGCGCGUGGUGGCACCGCAGGUAAAGGCCUUGUCGAUGAUGAGAUCAAGUCCCUCCGCGAGGAAAACAUUUCGUUGCGGUCGCAGUACAAGACCAUGCUUGAUGAGAACCAGUCUCUGCGGUCGCAUAACGGUCUUUUGACCCAGGAAAACACAGAGCUUCGACAGGAAAUCAAGAGACUCCAACGGCUCCUCGGCGCAACAGAGGAUGACCGUAACUUGCUCCACAGGGAGUUGGAAGAGGUGGCUGAGGAGAAGCGCGUCUUGCGAGAGGACCACCUCAGCCUUGAGCGCCACAACGAGAGGUUCUACAACGACAACAAAUCCCUUCAGCAGAAGGUGACCCUGCUCGAACGUCGCGUCCACGAUCUACAAGAGAACAACACCCAAAUGCACCAAGUAUUUGACACAGCCAGCAACAAGGCAAAGCCCGUCAAGGUCACGCGCAUCAUUGAGCCGACAACGGCGAGAAGCAGGUCUACUUUCAGUGAGGUCUCUGCUAAGAGCACGACCGAACAGCUGGACACACAGGCCCGGGAAGACUUCACACAGCAGAUCGACUUGACGCAAGGCUCAGAUUUCGAUGUCCUGCCGAAGGAGGAAAUGAACAGAUUAAGGGAGGCACUCCGCAAGGCGCAAGCUGAUAACAAUCAGCAGACUGUCACAGAGGACUACCUCGAGGAGCGCACCGGAGCAGACUAUACGGAGGACGCAAGCCAGAGCCUGCCCCCUCCGUUCAUUCCUUCCCCGCGGCAUGAGGCUUCGAAGACGUCUGAGUUUGUUGCAGGAAAGAGGCAGCCAUCCGGGAUCCUCAAGAAUGCCCAGGCCCUGCGUUCCCUGCCCGAUCAAGACACCGGCCGCUUCAGCGUCAAGUCGGCCAUGAGCGGCAUGAGUGUACCGAGUCAAACCACGAGAUCUGAAAUAUCAUUGAACCGCCGCCACUCUGACAGCGUUCGCUUUGACCUUGAUUUGGAUGAAAACAUGACAUCGGCACUGUUCAUCGAUGAUAUCACUCUCGACAAGCGUGCUAGAGUCACCCAGAAAGAGAAAGAGAAGGAUGUUACCAGGACCAGGGUGGAACCCCAGAAGCCCAUCCGUGCCCUCUCUGCUGACGCCAAACGGGUUCUCGACAGCCUCUGCGACGAUCACGACUGCCGCAACUGUGUCAUGUGUGUGCGUAUUAACUCACACCUGCACGAGAGUGAGGCACAAGCGGGAUCAAAUAAGAAGAAGACCAUCAUUGUUCAGAAGCCGAUCCCCGUGACCGACAGAGUCCCCAAUCCAACUACCUCUGACGCGGACCACACGAUGCGCCCGUUACAACAGCCAGGCCUUGCUCUUGCUACCGUGAUGAAGAUGCUCCAAGACGAGCUGGCCCACUUCAGAUCCUCCGUUGCCAGGAAACGAGCCCAGUUGGUUAAGCUGGAUCCUUCGUUUGGACAACGCCAAAGGAAGCAGUUGCACGCCGAGAUUGCCCGGCUCACUCGUCUCGAGGAGAUGAAGAGUGACCAGAUUUACCGACUGAAUGAUGUGCUUGAAGGUCAAAAACAGGGCGGCCAGCAGAUGAGUCAGACAGAGGUUGAGAUCACGAUUGACAGCAUUCUGGCAGUUGAUGACACAUGGGAUGGAAUCUUGGAUUAA